AUGUCUUCACCCACAGCAGUCUUUCGCGGCGGCGCCACCGCCCUCAUCACAGGCGCAGCGAGCGGCGUUGGCCUCGCAGUCGCCAAGCUAUGCGCCUCGCACUCGAUGAACGUCCAUCUCGUUGACAACAACACCGAAGCUCUAGACGCAGCCAAAAGCAAGGUCCAAUCCAGCGGUACCGUCACUACCCACUCUCUCGACGUCUCCAGCCUCCAAGAAUGGACCAACCUCAAACAAAAGCUCGAGAGCUCCGGCACUAAACUCGAUUUCCUCCAUCUCAACGCUGGCAUUGGUGCCAAUGGCGAUUGGAAGGACUCUGCCUACUUCCAUAAGAUCUUCGAUGUCAACUUCUUUGGCGUGAUCAAUGGAAUCAAUACCUUCUUUCCACACUUCGAGAAUAACUCCUCAUCGCCAAAAUCCAUCAUCAUCACAGGCUCUAAACAAGGCAUCACAAACCCACCAGGAAACCCAGCAUACAAUGCCUCCAAGUCCGCGAUCAAAACCAUUACCGAACAUCUCCAUUUUGACCUUGCAAAGUCUUCACCCAAGACUUCGGUCCAUCUGCUCGUGCCAGGUUGGACGUUCACUGGAUUGACGGGAGGCGGGAAGACCACAACUAAACCAGAUGGCGCGUGGGCUCCAGAGCAGGUCGCAGACUACCUGUACCAGAAGAUGGGUCAAGAUAAAUUCUAUGUCAUUUGUCCGGAUAAUGAUGUAGAUUGGGAGACAGAUCGGAAGAGGAUGACGUGGACCAUGGGAGACGUGGUUUAUGAGAGAAAGCCGCAGAGUCGUUGGUUGGAGGAGUAUAAAGAGGAAGCUGGUGAGACGCUGAAUGCGAUGAAACUGGGCGAAAAGCAGAAGGGUAGUUCCGCUUGA